AUGCCUAUCGACCGUCCAAUUCCUUCCUUUUACUGUUGUUACCUUCUCCGAUCAACCAUCAAACAUACCGGUUUAUAUAUUGGAUCCACCCCAAAUCCAGUCAGACGACUUCGGCAACAUAAUGGAUUGGCAAAAGGUGGUGCUGUGAGAACCAACAAAAGUAUUUUAAGGCCAUGGGAAAUGGCUUGUAUUGUUACCGGUUUUCCGAGUUCAAUUGCCGCGUUGCAAUUUGAAUGGGCAUGGCAAAAUUCACAUAUAACCCUUCAUAUCCCACCAUCAUCACGAAUUACACAUGCCACUCAAAAGAAACGAUCCGGUCAUUCAAAACGACCUCGACAUACUAUUCAAUCACUUUUAUCAAACUUACAUCUCCUACUUAGUGUUCCAUCAUUUUCACGAUGGCCAUUAGAAGUAAGAUUUUUUGCUCCGGAUGUUCAUGAAGCUUGGAUCAAAUGGAUGAAAGGGGUAAGAAGUGAACCACUGAGGGAUUCUUUACCUAUCAUUACAGAUUUUCCUCCAGGGGAAGUAAAGGCUGAGGAUGAUGAGGGUGGUGAGAGUACAGGUGGACAUCAUGGGAUCGAAGCCUUAAAGUUUGCAUAUCAGGACACCAAACCUCACUUGGAAAAAGGGAAAAGAAUAUUCAAUUCUAACAUAGAAGAAUCCUGCACCAUUUGCAACCUACAACUUCAGCACAAUUCAGGCCUCUAUACCAUCUGUCCGCACUCGGAUUGCGAGGUCAUCACACAUAUGAUAUGUCUAAGCCAACACAUUCUUCAAAGCGAUAAGAAAAAGAAAAAGAAUCUCCAACCACUGGUUCCCAUCAAAGGAACAUGUCCGGGUUGUAAAAGGGAAAUUCGAUGGAAUGAUAUGGUGAAGGAGUUAUCACUGAGAACGAGAGGUCCAAAGUUGGUUGAGAAAUUAUUGAAACCUAAACGGGUGAAAAAGACUAAGGGUAAGGGUAUAGCGGCAUCUCAGACAGCUGUCGAAUCUGAAGAUGAAGAUGAUGAGAGUGAUGAGAAUGAAGAGGAAGAGGAAGACGACUGUAUCAACAUGGGCGAAUUCGAACCUGGAAAUCUCAAAGAGGUGAAUGGGAAUGGCAAUGGUACUGGGUUCAAAUAUUAUCUCGAUUCCGACGACUCUGAUACUUUAUCUAUGGUUAGUGUCGCGAGUAAUAAAUCACAAAAGCGGAAGAAGAAGAAGAUAUCUGAUCCAGUUGUAAAACCAAGACUCGUUACUGUUAUUGAGGAUAGUGAUAUGGAUAUGGAUGAAGGGGGAGAGGAAGGGGCAGGGGAAGCACUGAUGAGAUGA